AUGGAGGGAGAGGUAGAAGUGGAAGUAGAAGUAGAAGCAGAUGAAUGGGAAGUAGUGGACGAUGAGCAGAGUACAGUAGUUGUCGACGAAGAGAAAAUCAAGUCGAAUAAAGAUAAAGAUGAUUACACGAACACUUCGGACAGCGAUCGAGAUGAGGAUGAAGAUGAGGAUGAAGGUUGGAAAGAAGCCAGGUUGAAUGUAUAA